AUGCCCAACCUCACACUGCAAUGCCUCGUCCCAGCCGACGUGCCAGACCCCGCGGGACCCGAUUUCGCAGCGUUUCUCGACCAGUACUUUGCUAUGGGCGAGGAACUGGCGGACACCUUGGACCAAUGGAGCAAGCACUCGGCACCACACGGUGGAAACACCCAGCUGUUCACUCUGCCGAAUUCAGGGGCGUCUGGCAAGAUCCGCAAACAACUCGGCCUGAAUGAUUUCUGGGCCGGCCGUAUGACAUCUUGUACUCCUGAUUCGAUCCGAGAAGGCGCCGAACAGGACGGCGCGUCCAACUCGUUGCUGCAGGCCAUCGGCAACAAGCUGCGACGACGCAGCUCGGAUAUCCAUGGCGUGGACCGUCCGACGAAUGAGCGCAGGCCGACGUUUGAGCUCAACGAUGUGGAGCGUCAGAAGCGCAUCAUGACGUCCUCUCCCAACGGCCUGUACGAGAGCUUUAGGCGUGGACUGCUCGAGUACCACUCAGAGAACGAGAGAGAGUACAUUGAAUUGUUGCGCGAGUCGGAAUGCCUCCAGGUACUCCAGCCUCAUGUCGCCGAGAUCUGGCGCAUGACAUACGUGACUCCCGCGCCCACCAACCCGCGCACCUUUGUCACACUGUUGCUCAGCCGCGAGCUGAAAUCGGCACCCCAUGGCGAGCGGUCGUUUAUGAAUGUGUCCAUCCCGUUCCUCCACCCAGACUGCCCCGAAAAGGUCGGCGACGAAAAGUCGCGCGUGCGCGGGCGGUACGUCUCUGUCGAGCUCGUCCGGGAGCACGGCGAAGAGGUCGAGUGGCGCAUGGCCACGAGCAGUGACGCUGGCGGUAACAUUCCACGCUUCAUGGUCAACAGCAGCUUGCCAGGAAAGAUUGCAGAGGACGUGCCCAGCUUCAUCGGGUGGUUGGCGCAAAAGGACAGCAGCGGGACAUGGAGGAAGAGCACGUUGAGCUAG